CAUUGUGUCCAUUAUCUGCCUUUUCCCGUGCAAGAUGUUCAACAGGAACACAAGGAGACUCUGCGAGCACAGACUGAAACGCUGAGUGUGAACACGAUCCUGAUGAAGGAGAAGGUUAAGGUUUUCCCGUUGCUUGAUCGAUACGCUGAGCUCACAAUCAUCUCCACUGUUCGAGAUCGGACACUGCUAGAACAUGAGCUGCUGGCAAGAGGCCGGGACCAUGAAGAGUGGAGAGAAAAAUGUCUCCGGGGAAACCUCGAAAAAAUUAGGACAGAUCAGUUGUUCCAGAGCAGCUUUACCCGGAGGAAAUCCCAAUCUGGGAGUUCAGCAUCAGUGGCCGGAGUCCCGGGGAUUGGAAAAACAACAAUGGUGCAAAAGAUUGUUCAUGACUGGGCCACGGGGAAAAUAUACCAACACUUCCAGUUUGUCUUCAGUUUCAAAUUCCGGGAUUUGAACAUUACUAACUGCAGAGUAACCCUGAGGGAACUGAUUCUGGAACGGUAUCCUUACUUUGGGAAUAUCCUGGGAGAGGUCUGGAAGAACCCACAGGGAUUGCUGUUUAUAUUCGAUGGUUUGGAUGAAUUCAAGGGCAGAAUCGAUUUUGCUGACAGUCGGAGAGAUACAGAACCUAAGCACCAGUGCCCAGAUCCCGAGUUGCGGUGUGAAGUGUCUGACAUUGUGUACAGUUUAAUCCAGCAUAAGCUGCUCCCAGGGUGUUCAGUGCUAGUGACCACCCGCCCCACUGCAUUACAUUUACUGGAAAAGGCAGAGAUCAGUGUCUGGGCUGAAAUCCUGGGAUUUGUUGGUGAGGAACUGAAGGAAUAUUUCACCAGGUAUUUUGAAGAUCAGACAGUGGCAGCAGCUGUUUUCAAACAUGUGAAGGAGAACGAGAUCCUGUACACCAUGAGCUACAACCCCUCCUACUGCUGGAUCCUCGGCCUGACAUUGGGCCCCUUCUUCACACAAACACACCGGGACCCGCAGCGAGUUCCCAAGACCAUCACCCAAUUAUAUUGCUACUUUAUUUGCAACAUCCUGAAAAACCAUGGCCGUGAGAUUGAAAACCUCCGUGAGGUGUUACUGAGGGUUGGUCAGAUGGCCUUCACUGGAGUGUCCAAGAAGAACAUUGUGUUCACAGAUGAAGAUUUGACCAAAUACAAUCUGCAGCCUUCCCAGUUUCUGUCCGGGUUCCUGAUAGAACUUUUGGAGAGAGAGGAUUCAGCCCGGAGCGUGGUGUACACCUUCCCGCACCUCACCAUCCAAGAGUUUGUAGCCGCACUUACACAAUUCCUGACUGUAGAUCCCAGGAAUAUCGUGAAAUUCCUGUCUGAAGCCCACAGCACGACAGACGGGCGAUUUGAAGUAUUUCUCCGAUUUGUCGCUGGUCUCUCCUCCCCACGGUCAGCUCGGGUCCUGGAGGAGUUUCUGGGUCCAUUUCCUAAUGAAACAAUCUGCCGAGUAAUUGACUGGGUGAAGGAGGAGGUUAAACGGCAGGCUGGAAACACAUGGAGUGAAGCUGGUAAACGGAGCCUCCUGAACACGAUGCACUACCUGUUUGAGUCUCAGAAUCCUGCACUGGCUCAGCAGAUACUGGGAUCUGUGGAAACACUUUCAUUCCAUGGACUGGGACUGACCCCGAUGGACUGUGCGGUCCUGUCUCGUGCCAUCAGAUUCUGUGAUACAAUCAAACACCUCGAUCUGGGGGACUGCCGCAUUCAGCUGGGACCGGCUCUGCACAAGUGUCAGCAUUUGAGACUGGGAGACAACGACCUGGGAAAUUCCGGAGUGAAACUGGUGUCUGCGGCUCUGAGGAACCCGGACUGUAAAAUACAGAAACUGGGGCUGGAUGAUGUCGGUCUCACAGAUACUGGAGCCAAGCAUUUCGCCUCCGCUCUCAGUACAAACUGCUCACUGACAGACCUGGAGCUGAGUGGGAAUAACCUCGGAGAUUCCGGAGUGAAACUGAUGUCUGUGGCUUUGUGGAACCCGGACUGUAAACUACAGAGACUGGGGCUGGACAAUGUCGGUCUCACAGAUACUGGAGCCAAUCAUUUCGCCUCCACUCUCAGUGCAAACUGCUCACUGACAGACCUGGAACUAAGUGGGAAUAACCUCAGAGAUUCCGGAGUGAAACUGGUGUUUGCGGCUCUGUGGAACCCGGACUGUAAAAUACAGAGACUGUGGCUGGACAAUGUCGGUCUCACAGAUUCUGCAGCUGAUGAUCUUGCCUCCGCUCUCAGUACAAACUGCUCACUGACGGAGCUGAACAUUGGGGACAAUGCGCUGGGAGAUUCCGGAGUAAAACUGGUUUCUGCGGCUCUGAGAAGCUUCAACUGUAAAAUACAGAGACUGGGGCUGAACAAUGUCGGUCUCACAGAUUCUGGAGCCGAGGAUCUCGUCUCCGCUCUCAGUGCAAAUCCCUCACUGACGGAGCUGCAACUGGGGAACAACUCCCUCACAGACCGAUGUGUACCCGCUCUCUGCCGCCUCAUACAGACACUCCCGAGACUGGAGCUGAUCUUGCUGGUGGGGAAUCGGUUCGGUCCGACUGGGGAGAAGGAACUGGGGUCGCUGCAGGAACCCAGACCCGGACUGCAUGUGGCCGUGUGA